CGCUCAAUCGGCGUGCUGCUGGCCGCAGAGGAGGUCGGUGACCGGUGAUCGGAGGCGCACGGGCCCGGCGGCGUAGCGCCGUCAUCGUGGGCCCACCGAUGCCGUUGAAAGCAGCGACCCGCUCGACGGCCAGCACGACACAAGACGAAGGCGAGGCCUCAUGCAGCAGCGCUGCACCCGUGCUGCCAUACCACAUCCUAAGCGAUGACCGCAACAGGUGCGGCGACGACGCCAUUGCUGCCUCGGCACCGGGCGCUACAGUGGCGCCGGAUGCGGGCGGCGGCUGCUUGGCGUGCAGCAAUGGCGCCCCCAUGGUUGCUGUCCAGAUGAGUGACGUCUGGGCCGCACUGGUCAAGAGCCAGGCGCUGUGCAUCUUCCUCGUCGCCUACACGCUCUCCUACGCCAUGAGGCUGCUCAUCACGCAGGACCUCCUGCUGACAAAGACGUGCCUGUAUAACUUAGGCUUGGAGCCCUCGCUGUGCGCCAACUUCAGCAACUUCUCGGACACGAAGAACGCCAUCGAGCGGGUGGCCAACAACUACUCGCUCUUCAUCCUGCUCGUGCAGCUCACACCCGCCGCGCUCCUCUCCAUCUUCCUCGGGCCCUGGUGCGACAAGUACGGCCACAAGCUGCCGAUUUUUCUAGCCACGCUGGGCGGCAUCCUGCAGGACCUGGGUACCAUCUACACCGUGGUGAACAUGCGCGCCCCCAUGUACCUGAACGUUCUGUGCAGCCUGCCCAACGGCUUCAGCGGGGGCCUCGUCUGCGUGCUCACCGCCGUGUGCAGCAACGCGUCGCUCAGCACGUCCGGCAGCAUGCGCACCCUGCAGUUCCUCAUCAUCCUCAUGUCGGCCAUGGUCGGGCUCGCCUUCGGACAGUUCAUGGCGGGCCAGAUUUUCCGCGCCGGGGGCUACCUGCCGGUGUUCAUCGUGUCGGCGAGCCUGCUGCUAGCGUCGCUCGCCUGGGUGGUCGUCAUGCUCAAGAACCCCGCCGAGGCCGAGAAGAACUCGUGGCAGGCCAUGCUCGGCGAUCUGAUGCAGCCGCGCAACUUCAUCGACGGCCUGCUCGUGUGCGCCCGCCGGAGGCCCAACCGAGGCCGCGCCCAGAUCCUGUUGCUCAUGAGCGCCAUGUGCACCAUCCUGUUCGUGUCGGAAGGGACGCGUGGCAUCAACUUCUUCUACGCCAAGAAAAUGUACGACUGGGACGUGAGCAAGUACUCGGACAUCAACUCGGGCUUCCUCCUGUUCCGCAUGGUGAGCGUCUCGGUGUUCGUGGUGGGGGCCAAACUGUUGCUGCGCCUCUCGGACUGCACCAUCGCCUUCAUCGGCGUCUGCUGCGGCAUCCUGCAGGGAAUCAGCUCUGGGGUGGCCACCAACGAAGUUCUGUUCUAUGUGAGCUAUGUUCUGGGCACCCUGGAGGCAUCGGCACCCAUCGGCAUCAAGUCGCACGCGUCUAAACUCCUGAACCGAGACGAAACUAGUAAGGGAGCGAACACGUCGCUCCCAGGUGUUCUCGGUGUGGAUCGCCGUGGAGGCGCUGACGCCCAUCGUGGCCUCGGUGUUCGGCUCGCAGGUGUACAACGCCUGCAUCAGCUUCUACCCGGGCCUGCCCUACUUCGUCUACGUGCUCUUCGAGAUCUACCCACUCGCCUCAGUCGUGUACGCGCGCUUCUUGGUGGAUUACGCGCACUAGCAGCGCGUUCGAGGCUCUAG